AUGGCAUUGGGCGUGUACUGGGCGACGCUCAGUCUCUGUCUCUUCCUGGUUGUGUUGAUGCUGGACAGAAUGGGCUUCUUUUCACGCAAGAACCAUCUGGAGGUGGAUGGCCGGACCGUCCUCAUCACCGGCGGCUCACAAGGCAUGGGACGUGCACUUGGCAAGCUGCUGGCUCGGAAAGGUGCGAAUGUGAUUAUCGUGGCGAGGAAUGAGGCCAAGCUCGCGGAGGCUUUGCAUUACAUCUCGUCCUCGGCCAAGGAUCCUCAGAAACAGCGCUUCCACACAAUCAGCGCAGAUUUGACCAAGUCCGACGAGAACAUCCGUAUCAUCAACGAAGCGACCAAAUGGAACAAUGGCCACCCUCCGGACAUCGUAUGGGCCAACGCCGGAAGCUCUUAUCCGCAUCUCUUCAUCGACACCGACAUCGAUACCCUGCGGUCACAGAUGGAUACUAAUUACUGGACCGCUGCGUAUCUUGCCCACGCUACACUGCGGGCCUGGCUGAAACCGACUGCCUCCAAAUCCACGCGGCCGGAUGACAAACCCCGCCACUUCAUCAUGACCUCCAGCCUCGGUGCAUUGGUCGGUCUUGCCGGGUACGGUACUUAUGCACCUGCAAAGGCCGCCAUGCGUUCGCUGGCGGACAACCUCCGCUCCGAGCUCCACCUGUACAACGGGCAUCGCCGCACGAAUCCCACGUCAGGACCGCCAGCAGAUGUCAAGAUUCACUGCGUGCUUCCCGGCUCAAUCACCUCGCCGGGAUAUGAGGAAGAGAACAAAGUGAAGCAUCCAGUCACGAAGAUUUUGGAGGAAGGCGACACGAAGCAGACGGAAGAUGAGGUGGCUGCUGCGGCCGUGAAGGGGCUGGAGCAUGGCGAGUUUCUGGUGACUACGACGCUGCUGGGCCGGGCAAUGAAAGCCAGCAUGAUGGGAAGCAGCCCUCGGAGUCAUUGGCUCGUUGACACACUGAUUGCCGGGGUCAUCAAUUGGGCCUGGCUCUUCAUCGGACCCGACUUGGACAAGAAGGUAUCGCAGUACGGGGAGAAGAACCCGGUGCAGCUGCCGAGUUGA